ACCUGCUCAGGUCUGAGUAAAACCAAACAACAGCUACUGUCCAGUAGAUUCGGAGAGUUUCUACUCUACGCUAAUGGCCAAUUCUCUUCUCUCACUGCAGCCACCCCCUUGUAGCUAGCGAUCGAGAGUAUAUGUAUAUCUGUACGCUCGUUGCCUUUCCUUAUCUCCCUGUGCACGCGCGCUGUGUCCACGAACCUGUCCCGGCUACGUACCCGGCCGGGCCGUCCUGGAGGGCCGCCGGGAUAUGAUGGCGGACGAUGCGUUCUCCCCGCCUUCUCCACCGCCGGCGCCGUCACCUCUCGCCGCGGAGGACCUCGCGGACGCGCGCCUCGCGCCGUGGCAGCCCUCCCCGCCGGCGCCCCGCCGGAACGACGGUGGAGGCGGGCGGGUGAACCCCCUGUUCACCAUACUUCCCGUCUCGGCGCUGGCGAUAGGCCUCGUGCUGCUUGUCGCCGUGGCCGUCAUCCUGGUGGUGACCCGCCGCGCGAGGCCGCGGAAGGUGGACGCCGGCGGCAGCUGCAACGGCGACGACAAGCCCGGCGCGCCCACGUCCAGCUGCGGCAGCCAUAACGCCAGGUGCGGCUACGCCGCCGCCGGCGUCGGGUGCAUAUACGCCGGGCGGCUGGGCUUCUCGGCGGCGGCGCCGCGGAGCCGGGGCGCGCAGGUGUUCACGUACCGGGAGCUGGAGCGCGCGACGGACGGGUUCAGCGAGGCCAACGUGGUGGGGCGGGGCGCGUCCGGCGCGGUCUUCCGCGGCCGGCUCGCCGACGGCACCCCUGCCGCCAUCAAGCGCCUGCGGCUCGACCAUCGGCGCCAGGGCGAGCGCGAGUUCCGCAUCGAGGUGGACCUGCUGAGCCGGAUGGAGUCGCCGUACCUGGUGGGGCUGCUGGGCUACUGCGCCGACCAGAGCCACCGGCUGCUGGUGUUCGAGUUCAUGCCCAACGGCAGCCUCCGGAGCCACCUCCACCCGCCGCCCCGGCCGGCCACGGCGGCCGGAGGCCUCCCGCCGCGGCAGCCGCUGGACUGGCAGACGCGGCUGGGCAUCGCGCUGGACUGCGCGCGCGCGCUCGAGUUCCUGCACGAGCACAGCACCCCCGCCGUGAUCCACCGCGACUUCAACUGCAGCAACGUCCUGCUCGACCACAACUACCGCGCCCGCGUAUCCGACUUCGGCAUGGCCAAGGUCGGCUCCAACAAGGCCGACGGCCAGGUCGUCACCCGCGUGAUCGGCACCACCGGCUACCUCGCCCCAGAGUACGCGUCGACGGGAAAGCUGACGACCAAGUCGGACGUGUACAGCUACGGGGUCGUGCUCCUGGAGCUGCUCACCGGCCGGGUGCCGGUCGACACGCAGCGGCCGCCCGGCCAGCACGUCCUGGUCUCAUGGGCCCUUCCACGACUCACGGAUCGCCAGAAGCUCGCGCAGAUGGUGGACCCUGCCCUGAAAGGCCAGUUUGCCCUCAAGGAUCUGAUCCAGGUCGCCGCCAUCGCCGCGAUGUGCAUCCAGACGAAGGCGGAGUACCGGCCGCUGAUGACGGACGUGGUGCAGUCGCUGAUCCCCAUCGCCAAGCCGUCCAUGUCCUGCUCCUCCACGCCGCUCAGACCGGCCCUGGAGCACGUCAUCUUCAUGAGCUCCUCUCAGUGCGCCAACAAGACCUCAUAGUCUUGGCUGUGGCUGGUAUAAUGGUAUCCAAUACUGGGGCUGGCCAUCCACAAAGCGCGUUACAGGGUUUCCUUAAUGUAUAGAGCUCCCCUCUUCUCCUGGGCUUGCAAAGGCAUGAUCGCAAGUAGUGCAUCGUGAUUAUACUGGCGAAAGCGUACGGUGUGCUCUACCAUUUUUUUUUGGAUGAACUACUUUAAAGAUAUAAGAUGAAAAUAGAAAUAAUCUCUCUUUCUUCUGCU